AUGUUGCAUAAUACAGGACAGUACGGUCAAAGCGACGUGCCAUUAAACGUUUCACAAGCGAAUAUGAUGAGCGGUCGUGUAAAUAUAGGGAACAAUAUUAAUAAUUUGGAUAAGAUACCUCAGCAUCCACCACCACCAAUGAACUCACAUUUCAAUUUACCAGAAUAUAAUCCUUAUGGCCUCAAUAUGAAUGCAGGUUUGAGUCAGUUUCAAAAUUUUCACCCUGUUGGUUUCCCACAAAACUCAAUACAAACUUGGCAAAAUAAUGCUUUGCCUAUGAAUCUAAACAUGCACAGUCAGCAGGGUUACAUGUAUGGAAAACAUGAAUCUGAAUAUAAAGAUCAAAGCUGUAGUAAAAACAUGUUGAAUGUUCCACAAGUGCACACAAAAGCGUUUCAUAAACAAAUGGGUAUGGAUAUGGACAAUUACCACAAUCUGAGUUCUAAUUAUAGACAUUAUACAGAUUACAAUCCAGACUUAAGUGCAAAAUCUCAUAAAACGGAUACAGAUAUCAGACUAUUAGAACAUAAUCACAGAAUGGAUGAAAGAAUUUUAAAUGCACCAUAUGUAGAGCAAAAUUUAGAUCUAAGUAAACACAAAAUGACCAACCAUUAUAACAAGCCAGUUAGUAUUUAUCAAAAUUCAGAUUUACCUAUAGCAAUAAACAAAGAAGAUCACCAUGUAAGUCUAAAUAAUCAUAUUGAUUUAAGUACUAAGUCCCAUAAAAUGGAUGAUAAAAUUCAAAGAGGGUAUCCAGAGGAUAUUUCAAAUACAAUGAAACCUCCAGAAAGUUUACCAUAUCCCGAGACCCAAUUAGAUUUAUCUAAAUCUCAAAAACCAGAUCUUAGUCCGUUUCAAUAUAAUUCGGAUAUAAAUAAUAGAUACUAUAAAGAUUCACGAAGGAGAAGCUUAGAAAAUACUGUUAAAAUGAUUGAAAAUAUAAUUUCGCAUAAUCAAAAGAAUCAAGCAGAAACAUACACAAACAACAGCAACAAUGAUAUUGUUAAUAAGAAAAAUUCACCAAUAAAAGAUGUAAUUGAAACUUCUUCUUCACAUACUAAUAAAACUGUAGACUGUCCUACAAAUAAUUAUGAAAAUAUGCAAACUGAUGAUCUAGCCAAUGAUAAAGAUGAUGAAAACUUAAAUGAAAAUAACGAGAACUUAAAUGAAAAUAACGAUUCAGAAAAUAAUGAUAGUACUGAUGAAUCUGAUGAUUCAGAUGAUGAAACAAAGGUUGAUUUGGAGAAAGAUCUACCAAUAGAAGAUUCAGUUGAGGUAAAAAUUGAAGUGGUCCCAAGUAUUAUGGAUAUGGAACAUUUAAACCCAUUUCAUAGAGACAUGUAUGGGGUAAGAAGUGAAGAUAUUGGCGAUAACGAUAUUGUAGAUGCAGAUAAAAGUGUUAACUUGGCUAAAGAAAUUAUAAGUAACAAUAUACAAGUUACUGCAGCAUACUUCGAAUGUCCACACUGUACACUCUUCUUCAACAAUCCCAAACGUUUUCUUAUCCAUGUGAAAUGGCAUACAUUUGGCCUAACAAAUGAAAAACGUCUAGAACUUCAAAAAGAGAAAGAAAUGCAGCGGUAUAUGAAAAAGGAAGCAAGAGUCAUGGAACGCAUGAAUCAGAAUGAAGUAACAGAUAUUAAUGCACCCGGAAGGAAGUUCAGCUGUAAAGAGUGUGAUAAAGUUUUUACAGCGAAGGCUGCCUUGAAAAACCAUAAACAAAGAUAUCAUCCAAAAUCUAGCACAACAAACGUCCCACGGGAUUGCAAAAUCUGUGGGAAAACAACAUCAGGCUGGCACGCGUUGCGGGCACAUAUGAGAACGCAUAGCAGUGACUCGGGCUACCAGUGCGCGGACUGUCCCAAGAGAUUCAAACAUCCACAUUCUUUAGCUAAGCAUAGGGAUACACAUUUGGAGAAAACGCACGAGUGCCAACAGUGUCCAAAGAAGUUCGGUUCUGCAGCGUUGUUGAACGUUCACAUGAAAACACACGAACGGUUUUUACGCGGAGCGACUUUUAGGUGCACUUAUUGUGGGAAAGGGUUCUUUGAAUCUUAUAGUUUACAGGUACACGAACGUACACACCGCAAUGAGAGGCCGUAUUUAUGUGAAAUAUGUAACACAAGCUUUGGUACUAACUCAAGUUUAAAGCGUCACAUAAAAGUUUCGCACAGCACAUCGAAACCAUUCGAAUGCUCCAUUUGCCAUCGAUGCUUCAUAUCUGAACCCAUCCGUGAAAGACAUAUGACAAGGAGUCACGGAAAUCCCGAGGAUUUUAAAUUUUUGUGUAAACAAUGCCCAAGCAAAUAUAUGAAACUGAAAGAUUUAAAGAAGCACACAUACAAAGCCCAUCCAAAAGGCAAAAGGAAGAAAAAAGUUCAAUCUGACAGUGAA